UCACCACUGUUGGUUAUUCUGAGAUAGGUACCAUGCUUUUCACAAUUUCGACGGCGAACUUGAAUUAGGCUGUGUUAGCUGUGAUACUGGUAGCACCUGCUCUGAGUACUCCAGAAUAAGUUAGCAACACCACUAGGACAACGAUACGUGCAUACUGGCUCGCCGCCGAUGAGUUUAAAUUCCAUGAUGCUGGGCCGUUUUAUUUUGCUCAGCGCUCAGCGCCGCCACCGGGCUUGCGAUCGAAGUUCAAAUCACGCAAACCGCCGAAGUGCUUGCCUCUUCUGUCCCAAUGGUGCUCGCUAAACAAUAUACCCUCGGCCAAUACCACCCGAUGGUCCGUGCGCAAUCAGCCGCCUAGUAUAAAGGUCGACCACUCGCGAAUCUAAUUCCUCAUACUUACCUUGAUGGCACGGACCUCUUCAUGUCUCGGGUUCUUGGGCUGUUGGGACCUUUCAUAGCACGGCGACCUUGUCCUCAGAGGGUGCCUUCAGUUUGUGUGAGCUUCGGCUCAUGCACUGUCUCAAUAUUUUCCUGUCCCACCACGGCCACUCUGGCUGGGUGGGCCUUUUCUUUGCUGGUUUGCUGUCCUAACCCUAACCCUAGUGUAGUCGAAAGUGGAAAACUGUCAAUGAAUGAAUUUGAUGAAAUUGCCAAUCCAUCCAUCCAUCAUCAUCAUCCGUUCAUGAAUGAUGCGAUUCGAUCUUCACUCGAACAGAUACUCCGCAUCAGCAUCAUUCAUAAGUGAAAUUCGUGGUUACGCGUCGACGGUUAUUGAUCAUGCCGUAGCAUCGCACGCAGGCCUACACCUAAUGUCGCCUUCUCAACAUGGUCUAGGAACAUGGAACCUGAGGACUCUGAAUUUGUGUUACGACGAUCUGCUCGAGGCUAGUGGAGUGGAGUGUCAAGCUCGGUGAUUGCCUCUGUUUUUCAGACAGCUAGGCUUCCCGCGAGCACAAUGAUGGAGUCCAUGCGGUACGCGCGUUAAUCGCUCCUUCUGUCAACCUUAUGCUUAUCCACUACAAGCGGCCCAGCAGUGGCUGUGGUGGGGGGAAUGCGCCUGUUCAUGUCGUCCUGGACUAGCUCAAAAAUGACAUUGACAUAUCGUCGGUAGACGAUUUCGGCAAUUUUUUGGACUUCUAUCUGAAAAUUUCGCUCGACGCCGUUCGACCGCUCUUCAUGGACCCAUGCGAACGGAAUAUGCUUUGUUUAAUCACGACGAGCGCAAA